GGUCCAGCAAUAAUCAUGAUUGAGAAAGAGAUAAGGAAGACCAAGACCUCUUUGCUGUUUCCAAGUAAACGCAAACUUUCUCCUCGCAUAUACCUUAGAAAACCCGUCUAUGCGUCUUACCAAGUAAACACUCAGGAAAAAAAAGGAACAGGCAGCAUAAACAUGAGAACUUCUUUUCUUUGGAUUCUCUUACCUCUGCUACUUUUGCUGAAUCUUGCAGAUCUCCCCGUUUCCAGAUCAACUUGUCCUCGUCGGUGUGGAGAAAUCGACAUCCCGCACCCAUUUGGAAUCGGGGAGGGCUGCUAUCUCAAUUCAUGGUACGAAAUUAAAUGUGAUCACAUUAAUACCUCUCUUUCAGUUUCAAAAAAAAAGCCCGUCCCCGUUCUUUCCGUAAUUGACAAGGAAGUUGUGGAAGUUGUGAAGAUUACUCCAUAUUCAAUUAGUAUAAAACAUUCAAUAGCUUCAAAGGGAUGUUCAAGCGAUGGAGAAGAAGAGCUUGAAUCACUUUUGAAUUUGACUGGUACCCCUUUUUACUUUGACCAAAGCAAUACACUGAUAGCGGCUGGUUGUGGCAUCACAGCAUCGUUAACAAAUGUCGAACCAGUCGUGGCGGGAUGCAAUUCUAGAUGCGGCAAAAAAAGCCGUACACCUACUCAAGAUUUUCUUGCACUAGACGAGUGUAUUACAACUUAUAGCUCCGACGCCGAGGAUUGUAGAAAAAGGAGCACUGCGGACGAAAAAAGCUGCAGCGGUAUUGGAUGCUGUGCGGCAAACAUCCCUGGUGGACGUCAACAGAUUGUUGGUGUCAGAAUAGAUAGCACCACGACAACGUCAGGAGGGUGCAAAGUUGCCUUCUUAACAGACGAGGACUACCUUUUGUCAAAUGGUUCUGAUGCUCAAAGGAUUCAUUCUAAAGGAAAUGCUAUGGUUUUGCUGGGAUGGCUCAUCAGUACGUCGAAUCCUUCUUUUUUCGACUCUCUGGGAUGCCAUACUAAGAAAGAGUACAGACAAGCAGAUAACCAAUUUGGAAUCACUUAUGGAAUAAAUUGUACAUGCGAAAAUUAUUCUAGCUUUUCAACCUAUGGAAUAUGUGAAUGCACUACGGGUUACAGAGGCGACCCAUAUGUUGUUGGCGGAUGCAAAGAUAUUAAUGAAUGCCUAGAAGGAAAAGACGAAAAUGGAAAUCCCGUGCGUUGUACAGACCCAAUUUGUGUCAAUUUGCAGGGAGGCUAUGAGUGUGUUUACGAAAGUCAACGACGGCGAGUAAUUGCAAUAGGGGUUGGUUCGAGUUUUGGGUCAUUGAUCUUUGUUGCUGGAAUAUACUUGGCAUACAGAUUUAUUAGAAAGCAAAGAAGGUUAAACCAAAAGAAGAAGUUUUUCAAACGCAAUGGAGGUUUAUUGUUGGAGCAGCAAUUAACUUCAACGCAAGGCAAGGUCGAAUAUACAAAAGUGUUUACUUCAAAGGAGCUGGAAAAGGCCACCGAGAACUUCAGCUUAAACAGAAUACUUGGACAAGGUGGUCAAGGUACCGUGUACAAAGGGAUGCUGGUCGAUGGUAGAAUUGUGGCAGUGAAAAAAUCUAAAGUGGUGGACGAGGACAAGUUGGAAGAGUUCAUCAACGAAGUUGUCAUUCUUUCGCAGAUCAACCACAGGAACAUCGUGAAACUCUUGGGAUGUUGCCUUGAGACACAUGUCCCAGUUCUCGUCUACGAGUUCAUUCCUAACGGUAACCUUUUCGAACAUCUUCAUGAUGAGUUUGGUGAUAAUAUGAUGGCUACUUGGGAUUUGCGUCUCCGCAUUGCUAUCGAUGUUGCAGGAUCUCUCUCAUACUUGCACUCGUCUGCAUCGUUUCCAAUCUAUCACCGAGAUGUCAAGUCUACAAACAUAAUGCUGGAUGAGAAGUAUCGAGCCAAGGUGUCUGAUUUUGGAACUUCAAGAUCGAUAACGGUGGAUCAUACCCACUUAACAACCGUGGUUUCGGGUACGGCGGGCUAUAUGGAUCCUGAGUAUUUCCAGUCUAGCCAGUUCACAGACAAAAGUGAUGUUUAUAGCUUUGGAGUCGUUCUCGUGGAGCUUAUCACCGGAGAAAAGCCAUUUUCUUUCUUACGGUCUCAAGAAAACAGGACAUUGUCAAGUUAUUUCACUCUUGCAAUGAAAGAGGACAAACUCUUUGACAUUAUCGAUGCACGAAUCAGAGAUGGAUGCAACCUGAACCAAGUGACUGCAGCGGCGGAUAUUGCGAGGACGUGUUUGAACAUGAAAAGGAAAAAACGACCAAGCAUGAGAGAAGUGUCCAUGGAAUUAGAGAAAAUCCGUGGGUCGUCUGAAGACAUGCAGUCGCAUGAGUACGUUGACGAAGACAAAGAAGACAAAAACAAAAGAGUUGUGGAAGUUAACAUAGGGGAAAGUUCUUGGACUCACGUGGCUGUCACCGCUCCAGCUUCUCAAAACAGUGUCGCUACAUCGUCGUUGUCAGAUACUGAACCUUUGUUUCCUCUUCAAACUCGGUAAAAGCCGUCUACCACCACCAUAGUCUCGUAUCUUUGCUUUUAUGUUCUAUUUUGAUGCUUGUGUGUGAGUGAGUCUGAAUGUACUUUUUAUUAAGGUUCCCCAGUUGUGUAAUAAAGGAUCUAGUUUCUCAACUUUCGAGGCAAAUAAUCAACUUUGCGACGCA